GGAGUUGUUCAGAAAGCACUGGACUGUUCGGUCCUCCUGCAGGACGCUAGAUGAAACGCUUCGUCGCUACAUGGGCCAUUAUCUUGAAACAUCACCAGGCGACUGCGCCGCAGCAGCUUGCGGCACCGCCGCGUUCCGAGACGCCGUUAACGGCGUUCUCUUGCAACAUCCACGGCCCACGACAUUCAUAGAACUCGAGUAUCAGCCCCGAUACGCCGUGCCCACUGAUCAGGGCAUAGAAAAGCAAGAACCGCCGCCCUUGCGAAGCUUGGGAACGCGUAGCCUAAGCGACCACGGUCGCGUGGCGGCCUAUGAUAGACAUCAUCGACGCAACGUCGUGCUCAAUGCGUAUAUGUCGCCGCAAUUCGCGGAUAUUCCCGGAGACAACACGUGGCGGGAAGCUGAGAUUUGGCAUUCGCCACCUGGCCAUAUGGCGUACCUCCACAGCGCUCCUAGAGAGACCAGUUGGAAGGCUGAUGUUCUACCAGGCGGGGGGCGGGUCAUGACACGAAAUGUGCAGCGAACGGCUUAUACGGAGGACUUCGAGUUACAUGGCCUACAGUGA